UUGUUUUCUCGAAUUCCAACCAUUCCUCCCUGCAGAAACCUCCAUUAUAUCCUAUUGCCACUUCCUUUUCACUCACUCUCUCUCUCUCUUAGCUAAUCGAUCUCUCUACCAUAAAAACGAAAACGGGCCCUCUCUCUCUCUCUCUCUGAGUCUCUGUCUGUGUCAUCUGUGUAUGGACUCUCAGCUCUCUACUACUACUGAUCCGUCCCUCUGCAACUACCACUACUCUUAAAUACAGAGUAUUUCCUUUUCAAUAGCUUUUCCUUCAACCCUUCUUCCCAAAAAGACCGAGUUACUUUCUCAUUUCUAGCAUUCUCUCUCUGAUCGAGUACUAACUGCUCGCACCAGCUUUCUAUGUGUUUAGAUUUUAAAUAGAUCUUCCUAUCUAUCUAGUACUACUUUUUAUAAAAGCCUAUCUCCGGCAUCUGCAUCCAUCACUUUCUCAAACCCAGUGCAGUGCAAAUCAUAAGCCACUCAUCACCAUAUAAUCACUAUAGUUACCGUUAAUUCAGUAUAUUAUUUGGUCCUCCUCUCUGAUUCAUUCCUUGUUCAGUUCUUCAUCCUCAUGAUGUACCUGAGCUCAAACUCAAACCCUAUAAUGAGAACUACUUCUUCACCCUUGCCUGAUCUCUCUUUACAGAUCAGCCCACCAUCAGAUCACUACGAGAUGGGUUUAGCAAGAAAAGCACUUAACGGUGAUAGGAGCUCAACCACCGACUCCACUAGUAGUGGGAGUGAUUUGAGUCAUGAAAAUGUUCUCUACCACUUGGAUCAGAGGACUAAUUAUAAUCUCACUUCCGCUGCGCCCGAGCCAAAUUUGAGUUUAGGUCUUGAAAUGAAGGAUAUCAUGAGUAGUAGUACUAGUUCAACACCUCUACUGCCAAGAAACUUCAAUCAUCAUCAUCCUCAAAUCUACGGCCGAGAUUUCAAAAGAAGCGCCAGAACUGUCGGGAAUGUGAAAAGAAGCGUCAGAGCUCCGAGGAUGCGGUGGACUACAACCCUUCAUGCCCAUUUCGUUCAUGCAGUCCAGCUUCUCGGCGGCCAUGAAAGAGCAACGCCAAAAUCGGUGUUAGAGUUGAUGAAUGUGAAGGAUCUAACUCUUGCACACGUGAAGAGUCAUUUGCAGAUGUAUAGAACAGUGAAGAGCACUGACCACAAAGGAACAGGAAACGAAGGGCAGCAGAUAGAUAUGGGUUUGGACCAAAAUCCAGGGAAUAAUAAUGCUCAAGUAAAUGGAUCAGUACUACCUUGUGAUUCUGAGAAAGCUAUUAAUUCACCUCCAACACUGCUUCUGCAAAAUCCCAGCAGAGGAUCAUGGCAUUUUGCAAGGGAGACAAAUGGCAGCUGCAAACUAAGUCAUGGAAAUUCUUUGACGUAUUCUCAUUCCCCAUCCUCAAAUGGCACCAAGGUGGAGGAGGAGGAUUCGGGUUCAGGCCGCCAGUUGGAUUGUAGCUCCUUGUCAUCUUCGGAUCAUAUGUAUCUUAACCUAGAGUUCACCCUUGGAAGGCCAAGUGGCGAAUGGUCUAUGCUCAACACCCUCAACCUUCAAAUGACUUGAUUAAUUACCCUUCCCUAUCUAUUUUGCUAGCUAGCUAGCUUUAGCUAAUCCUCGAUAAGUUCCAACUCAAGUCUCCAUUAAUUAAACUUAACAAGAAGCAAUAUAUGUCUCCUCUUUUUGAUCGA